GGAGCGGGCGUUGGGGCCGCCGCGCUGGGCGCUGCCGUGGCGGCCGUGUACGUGGCUUCGCUGCCGCCGGCCGUGCCCGGGGGAGACUCGGGGGAGCUGAUCACAGCCGCAUAUGAGCUUGGAGUUGCCCAUCCUCCUGGUUACCCUUUGUUCACUCUGCUGGCCAAACUGGUAAUUGGUCUAUUCCCUUUUGGCUCCAUCGCGUACCGAGUAAAUCUCCUCUGUGCCUUACUGGGAGCAGCUGCAGCCUCGUUGCUUUUUUACACAGUUUUCAGGCUUUCUGGCUCAUAUGCUGGAGGAAUCCUUGCUGCGGGGGUGUUUUCAUUUUCUCGUCUAACAUGGCAGUGGUCCAUUGCGGCAGAGGUUUUUAGCUUAAACAAUCUGUUUGUGGGGCUGCUUCUGGCUCUUACUGUACAUUUUGAGGAGGCCUCCACUGCGGGAGAGAGAGCAAAGAUAGCUAGAGCUGGUGCCUUUUGCUGUGGGCUUAGUUUGUGCAAUCAGCACACCAUAGUGUUUUACGUGCUGUGCAUUGUACCGUGGGUUCUGUUGCAGCUUUUCAAAGAGAUGGAAUUGUCCCUAGGCCAUUUGCUGAAGUUGGGUUUCUGCUUCUUGGCUGGUUUGCUGCCUUAUCUCUAUCUGCCUGUUUCAUCCUACCUCAAUCGUGCACGAUGGACCUGGGGAGACCAGACGACUUUUAAAGGAUUUUUGACCCACUUUCUCAGAGAAGAAUAUGGGACGUUCAAUCUGGCCAAAUCUGAGACGGGAUCCAGUAUGCAAGAAAUGCUGCUCUUUCAACUGACGCACAUGAAGGCAGAGCUGUCCUGGACUGUCCAGGCCCUGGCAGUUGUUGCAUGUGUAUGUGCAGCAAUGCAGACUAAGCAGGAGAAGUCCUCAAUGAUAUGGCUGUUUACGGGCAUGCUCUGUAUUUAUUCGUUAUUCUUUGCUUGGAGAGCCAAUUUGGAUAUUACAAAACCACUGUUUAUGGGUGUGGUAGAACGUUUUUGGAUGCAAAGCAAUGCAGCCGUUGCCGUGCUAGCAGGGCUGGGGCUGGCCUCGCUUAUCUCUAUUGGAAAUACAGCGCUUGAGAACAGCCGCGUGCUGCAGUGUGUGGAGUGGCUUUCUGCUACCGCCCUUGUUACUUGUCAAAUUUAUGCCAGUUACAGCCUUUGUGACCAAAGCCGCAACGAGGUAGUCGAAAAGUUUGCAAGAAACCUUCUGUCCUCCAUGCCACCUGACGCAAUAGUCUUGCUCAGAGGAGACUUGCCAGGGAACUCCCUCCGUUACGUUCACUACUGCGAGGGAAUGCGGCCUGAUGUGACACUAGUGGAUCAAGAGAUGAUGACUUAUGAGUGGUAUCUGCCCAAGGUAGCUAAGCAUUUACCUGGCAUCUCCUUUCCUGGAAGCCGGUGGAAUCCUGUGGAAGGAACAUUACCUGAUGGAACACGCACGUUUAAUCUCCAUCAUUUUCUCAAAGUAAAUAAACAGAAGAAAGUGUUCGUCUGUAUAGGGCUUCAUGAGGGAGACUCGACCUGGAAAAAAAGCUAUUCGCUUUGGCCGUGGGGAGCCUGUGACAAAUUGGUUUCUACAAAAACUGUUUUUAACCCAGCAGAGUGGAUUAAUCUUACAAGGAGCAUCUAUAACUGGACUGAAGAUUAUGGAAGAUUUGAUGCGUCUUCAUGGGAAGCUGUCGCCAGUGAAGAGAUGUGGCAAGCCAGGAUGAAAACAGCCUUCUUCAUCUUUGACCUUGCAGAAGCAGCUAGUGUGUCAGCAGAUAUAAAAUCACAACUUUAUACGUUUGCCUACGAACUCUACAAGGAAAUUGUCAACUCGCAUAAAAAGCAUCCAGUCAAUUGGCAUAAAAACUACGCAAUCGCUUGCGAAAGGAUGUUGCGUCUGCAUCAAACAGAUGUCGACCCUGAAGAGUUGCUCUCUGAAACUGUGAAACAUUUCCUCCUCUAUACAGAAAAAACAGAGGAUGAUCCCCAGCGGGUGGACAUUUUGCAGGCUGUAAAACACCUGAAGAAAGAGCUGCAUGGGCUGAGGAAAAAGAAAAAAGAUGUGAAGCGCCAGGCUGGAUAGAACCCAUUUGACUCUCCAAGUCUGAAAAGCUAACACCGUUGAGAUUGGGAGU